AUGGAUUUUAACUCUGGAUUAUGGUUUAUAAUUAACGGGAUUUGCUGUAAAGUGUGGAUAACUCGGCUUAACUCGUCUGUGUUGGGUAAAGAGGAGGAUGGCAGCACCAACAGACGGAGUGGAUGGAGGUGUUUUAGGCCGCAGACGGUCACAGGUACGACAUUUUGGCUUAAUUUUGUGUCUUAACUGUGAUGUUUUUGGCCAUAGAAGUUGUGUAAUACAUGUUUGUGCGACAUUAAUUGCAUUUUGCUUCACUUCUAUCUUAGAUUUGCCAAAAGGUUGACACAGUUUGGAUUUAGCAGUUUACCGCCAUAAUUCCUCUUCCGGUAGUUUUUAACGUUCUAUUUUUUCCCAAUAAAACUUUAUUAGACAGUGUAUUGAUUAUUUAUUCAUUUUUUACAUUUUUCACACUAAAGCUACUAUGAGCAACUUUUGGUCUUGUUCUGCUCAUUUAUUUUCUGAACAAAAAUAUCUUAUCUUUUAUUUUUAGCAGUUAAAUAUAUCUCUUAUUUGAAUGUUUGCCACUGAAAAUCAGGGCUGCUAAGUUUCAGAAAUAGAAGAGUGAGAAUUUAGUGUUAUGAUGUGUUCGGCCGCUAGCGAAUUUAUUUUUGCCUUUUUGUAACAUCAAUUUGUACCUUAAGACUGAUGUCCUCACCUCUGUGCCUGCUCCUUUCCCUCAUGCUAGUCUAAAUUAACUAGAAAUUAGAAAUGAAAAUUGUAACAAGAAUUUUGACAAAAUACGUUUGUUUGUCAAUAUUGCAUUACGUCAAGUGGGUUUUAAAUGUCAGCGCUGUUGUGUGUGAAAGCUAGUUAGAGCCGCCAAGACCCGCCUUACGCUGCUUCUGAUUGGUUUAUUGCGUAGUGCUUUUCGUGGUUGCUUAGAUUUAGGCACAAAGGACUGAUGGAUUGCUCUGGGAUUGGUUAUCUUGGUCAGUCAACCAGAGUUACUCGAACUACAGCAAGCCAAGUUUAUUAUCAUGAGAAAAAUAAAUACAUCGUAAUGAAUGGGAGAAAAUAAGUGUGCGAAAUGUCAAGUGUGGCGUGUGGUGUGAGGAUGGGUCAAAUUGUGUGACUGUCACACUCAAAGCGUGACGCUUAGCAAAUGUUGCUCUGGAAAAUGUUAAGAAAGGCUGUAACUUCGAUGGCCUGGUCUAACACCUACCCUUUCACUGUGGUUUCAGGGUUUAACAAUUAGACUAUAGAUUUUAUCCGUCAUGCUGCUAAUUGUUUUGUUUGCUUUUGAGGGUCAUAAAGUGGCAUCAGUAUCAGAACUACUCAAAAACUACUCAUAAUGGAUUUAAGCAUGAAGAGAACAAAAAAAGCAAAGACUGCUUUGACCACAGGGGGCGCCAAAGUUGACCCAAAUUAAAAGUUCUUAUAGGAGUGGCUCCUGCAAGGAAUUGCGCUUUGCAAUGUCGCUUUCCUUUAUUGGUGCAUCAAUGAGUAAUCUGUUGAAUUUGACAGGAAAUGAAGUGAAAAUUUAGAGGAAAUUAGUUGUUUACACUCAGAUUUAAGCUCAGGCUAAUAUUUAUUGACGUUGCUGGGUGUAACAGGCCUUUCUGUGCACAUCGAGGUGUGCGUGGAGCCGCCCCUCCUCAUAAUCGCAUGUUAAUUAUUCACUCAGGAACACGUAGAUGAACUUCAGCAACUCAGCCCAGCUGAGACCUGUUUAAUGGGAACCAGACGUCUGCCGUUUAUAUUUUCAUUUUCCUUCCUCAUUUUUAAAGCUCCCAAUUUUUCCAUAAGGGAGUCAUUUCCAAGGCCGAUGUGAAACCAGACACCCAGGAGAAAUCAUGGUAAAGGUCCAGGAACAACACAAGGCCAGCCGACAUCCUCUCACCUUCUCCAAACCCCCUUUUUCGUCUUACGGGACUGUUCCUCGCAAGGUAAACACCCCUGUCAGAGACGGGUUUCAUUCUGCUGCUGUAGCAAGUUAGUUCAUCUGGUCUUCUGUGUCUGUCCCUCCCUCUCUCUCUCUUCCCUCUCCUCCCCUCCCUCCCUCUGCUGCCACAUCUGGAACCCAGCUCCCCAUUUAUUUAUGUGGUCUGUGUUGUUUCUUCUUUUUUUAAAGUCUUAUUUAAAAGUCCUUUACCUUGUCUUGUUGGCAGUUUCUCUUCAUCUGAUGAGGUCUGCAAUUACAUUUCACCAUAACUGGUCACUCUGCAAUUACUCUGCUCCACCACAGAAUCUCUCUGCCCCCAACCCCUCCUCUGAACAGCCCCGCCGCUCAUAUGGCAGACCGAAAUAGAAUAGUUUCAUGUCUGUUUGGAUGGCGGCCCAGCUGAAACUAUGCUCCGCCGCUUGACUGACAGUGGGAUGUGGUGCUUUUUUCUUCCCCAGAAAACCUUUAAGGCCAGUCACGUUUAG